GCGUAAACAAAAUGAAGUAUGGACGAAUCCGCACUUACAAGCCAGGCAAUUGCAGAGCUCAUGCGUGAGCUACCAGGUCAAAACGGCAUUGUUUCCUAUGAACCACUUGAACGCAAAAUAAAUCCCUUAGGCAAACCAAAUAAAAAGUUUCUUGGCCGAACAAUAAACAGCGCACUUCGCCACAAUAAACGGGAAAUUGAGCGGACGCAGGCGAGUUGCAAGCAAAAGCUGCGGGAAUUGGAUGAUCGGUACGAGAGGCGCAAGAGAAAUGCUUUCUACACCCACAAUGCGAGAAACAACGAAUCAGCCAAAAGAAGAGGACACGCUAAUCGCCGCUCCAUAAAGCAAUCGAAAAAGCAACACAGGAGCAGAAGCAGAAGUUCCAGCAUCGAAUCCCGAAGUCGUAGUCCAAGUCGAUGUCGGACUCACAAACCAAAGCACAAGAAGAAUAAACACAAAAGGAAAAUUAAACGCCAAUGCAAAAGUAGAAGCACCUGUAGCAGUGAGGAGGAGGAUGUGAGAUCCCCGCUAACAGUCGGGGAUGAGUCAAAAGUGCCAACUUCUGCUUACUACAUGCAUUCAAAUAAUCUGGCGCUAGCCGUGGCCAUGGCCUAUGGGCAAGUGCUCCGUUCACAUCAAUCUCAAGUAAAGGAACCAACGUCACCCGCUUCGCCGUCAAGUGAUAUAAUCAGGGAACUGAUGUCAGACGAUGAGACCAAGAAAGACCAAAACGACCUUCCAGAAACGCUAUCCAUUGCAUCGUCAUCAGGUGAUGAGGUUCGCGACAUUGUCACAAUAGAUCUCAGUUCCCAGGAGGAGCAAUCUGUCGGCUGCUCCGAAACUGACUCGGAAACUAAAAGCAAUGCGGCCAGCUGCAUAUCUCUGAAGGAUAGCGUAAAAGAUGAUGACUUGGCAUCCAACAGCGGUAGUGAUAUUGAACUAGUUGAGCAGGAAUCAGAUCAGCCAAUAAAACAGCAGAUACAGAUUCGAGACCUGAGAGAGGAACUGGUGGAUAUUGCAGGGUCUAGCUCCGAUUUUGUAAACACCGUGGAUUUGACUGAGGAUUAGCAUAUUUAUUCUAAGCGAAAAGCGUCUAUCGAUGGUACAAAAAUGUUGUGAACAUAAUUUAUAUUGUUGAAUGCUAAACAGCUUAUCUUAAUAAAAAAAAAAAUAUAUAUUUAAUAUAUUAAAGACAAUAUCUGCAUUAACCAG